AUGCGGCGAACGAUCCAGCAGCUCGACUUAGACGGUCGGCAAGGCCACGAUGCCAUCUUCGACGCUUCUUAUCUCGAGGAUAUUUCCGCUGCCCUCGCCGAAUGGGGAGCAUCCCGCAUCCUCCUAGUCGUGAGCACGACCCUCGACACGAAGACAACCCUGAUCAAAGACUUGGAGGAUCGUCUGUCGCAUUGUUCGCUACAGAAGAAAACGGGUGUGGGUAGCCACUCCCCAUACCGGGAUAUCAUCGACAUUGCACACACAGUCCAGAACCAUGACAUUGAAGUCGUUGUCUCCAUCGGAUCAGGAUCAUACUCCGACGCGUGCAAAAUCGCCGUCAUGCUCAGUGCCACUCUACCCGCUGGCUUUGGUGAAGACGACAUGGAAGCUCUGGUCGAUCAGGCCCACGGCCUUGCUGGCCCCGAGGGAAUCAAUGCACCCACCACUAAAUUGAUCUGCGUGCCAACCAGUCUCAGUGCGGGAGAGUGGAACAUGUUUGCCAGUGCCACAAAUUCCCAGGGCAAAAAGCAGCACUUCGUACACCGCGACGGAUCACCAACAUUGAUCCUGAUGGAUCCCCGGGUCGCGAGUACCAUGCCACCCCACCUGUGGCUGGCGUCUGGGGUACGUGCCGUGGAUCAUUUCGUGGAGACCCUCUGCAAUCCCCAGUGCCAUGAGGAAGCAGCGGCGCAUGUCAAAAAAGGGCUACCAAUCUUAGUCCAGGGCCUGAAGGAUUAUCACACGGGUCAGGAGAACCAUAACGAAGAGGCGUUGCUGAAAGGAAUCUCCGAGUGUCAGCGUGGGUCUAAAGAUGCUCUCAUGCCGUUCAUUAAAUGGAAGAUCACCAUGGGACCAAGCCAUGCGAUUGGCCAUCAACUGGGAAGUGUCGCUGGCGUGCAGCAUGGUAAUUGCAUCAUCUUACCACCCACGCUGCGAGUCACCCAGCCUCGAACCAAAGCUGCCCAGGAUGAGAUCCUUAGCAUUCUCAGCGAGGUGCUCGGGUUCCAGGAAACAGAAGCCGCUGACGCCAUGUUACGAUUCGUCCAACUGCUGGGCCUGCCAUCCCGACUGUCCGAGGUCAACGUUACCAGUGACGAACAGUUGCACAAGAUCGCCGACAUGGCUUUGACUGACGUCUUGGCCAAGCAAACGAGCCUUCUCCCAGAUAAGGAUGCGGUUAUGCGAAUUCUUGAAAUGGCGAGGUGA